UUCCAGGCCUGAAGGCCCCGGAGUGCGCCAGCGGCAUGUACAAAGACACCGUCUACUCCGCCUUCAAUCUGCUCAUGCACUACCCACCCCCCUCGGGAGCAGGGCAGCACCCCCAGCCGCAGCCCCCACUGCACAACAAGGCCAGUCAGCCUGCCCAUGGAGUCCCCCAACUCUCUCCUCUCUAUGAACAUUUCAGCAGCCCACACCCCACACCUGCACCAGCCGACAUCAACCAGAAGCAAGUUCACAGGCCUCUGCAGACCUCUGACCUCUCUGGCUUCUACUCUCUGACCUCAGGCAGCAUGGGACAGCUUCCCCACACUGUGAGCUGGUUCACCCACCCAUCCCUGAUGCUAGGUUCCGGAGUACCUGGUCACCCAGCAGCCAUUCCCCACCCGGCCAUUGUGCCCCCCUCAGGGAAGCAGGAACUACAGCCCUAUGAUCGAAGCCUGAAGACGCAGGCAGAAUCCAAGGAGAAGGAGGCCAAGAAGCCAACCAUCAAGAAGCCACUCAACGCCUUCAUGCUGUACAUGAAGGAGAUGAGAGCCAAGGUCAUUGCAGAAUGCACACUCAAAGAAAGUGCUGCCAUCAACCAGAUCCUGGGCCGCAGGUGGCACGCACUGUCACGGGAAGAGCAGGCCAAGUAUUACGAGCUGGCCCGCAAGGAGAGGCAGCUGCACAUGCAGCUAUACCCAGGCUGGUCAGCGCGGGACAACUACGGGAAGAAGAAGAGGCGGUCCAGAGAAAAGCACCAAGAAUCCAACACAGACCCUGGCUCGCCUAAGAAAUGCCGUGCUCGCUUUGGCCUCAACCAGCAGACGGAUUGGUGUGGUCCGUGCAGGAGGAAAAAGAAAUGCAUUCGGUACUUACCCGGAGAAGGCCGCUGCCCCAGCCCCGUUCCUUCCGAUGACAGUACUCUAGGCUGCUCCGGGUCCCCAGCCCCCCAGGACUCACCCUCAUACCUCCUGCUACCCCACUUCCCCACGGCACUACUUGCUAGCCCUGCGGAGCCAGCACCUACAUCACCAGGUCUCUCAGCGGCUCUCAGCCUCCCAGCCCCCUGGGCCCCCACAGGCCCUCAGCAGUGCCCUGCAGAGUACACAGGUACAGCAACAGGAAUUUCAGAGGCAGGCAGCCUAGCAUGCACGGGACACCUGGCCUCCUCCAGGGACCCACUCUUUGAGAAGCAGCGACAGAGCCCCAAAACAUGUGGAAACCGGCCAGGGGCCCUGUUAACUCCUCCUCAGGGUCCAGGUGCUGCAGAUUUCAGAGGCUGCGUAACUUCUGCCUGAACCUUGGGCCAUCACUUCAAACUGCUCCAAGUGGUGCAUCAGAUCUGUUAUCCGAUUAAGGGCAUCUCCUGUGCCUGUGGCAGCCUGCAUCUUUUUACCAUCUGUUUUGUUAGCCAGAUGCCCCUGCCUCCCUUUUCUGCUAUAGGUCAUAGAUGGGCUGGACUGAGUUCAGCUGCUUUCCCUACCCUGCCUCCCCACCACUGCCACACAAUCCCUAUACCAGACACUUCAUGGACCAAGAAUGAGCUGGUUUAUCAAAUGUGAGCCUGGUCGCAACCACAAAGGUCAAGAAGACAAUGCUUUUCUAUUAAGGGCCUAGAAAAGCUGUAUCUUACAGAUAACCAUUUUUAAGCUGGACCAGAGGAAUCCUGUGGAAUUCUCAGGAGCUUGUAAGUGGAAGGGAUGGAAUAUGUUUAGGCCUAUCACCCUAGGCAACAGAAAAACCUGACACUACCUUAAUCAGGCAAGUGUGGGUGGUGGGGAUUAUCUAGCUCUCUAAAUUACUUGGAAGUGAUUCCGGAGAAAUUCAAUCACCUAAGCCCUGUUACCAAAGCCCCAAGCCUGUCACUAGUGGCUGUAGUCAACAGUUCAAAGAAGUCAUGGCCCCAAAUCCAGUGUGCUUCCCUCCCCAUUCUGAGAGCCUUUGUAACAGAUCCACUUCCAGCUUAUCCACCUCAGUCUAGCCAGCUCUUGGGCAGUGGUGAGAGGGCAAACCAACCUUAUGACAGGCAGUGUCUCUUCCAGCAUGAAACCAAGCCAGCUUCAGUUUCCCUAUGGGGCUGUGGGAAUGAGGACCAUUACAACCAAAACGAGCCCAGAAAACCUUUAGUGGUAGACUGGUUUUUCACCAGAGCCUAAUUUAACCCAUUUCUGAGCCAAGCUUCAACCCUGAGCCUUUAAAAAAAUCUUUUUAACUUGUUUUUUGCCUCCUCACUGUACAUAGUCUGAAUCCAAAAAAAAAAAAAAAAAAAAAAAAAAAGGUUGUCCCAGUACCCACACACUCCCCUCAACAAAAGCCUUUAGUUCCUACUUUAGCCACUGGCUUCUCAGAUUCCAAAGACCAUAUAUUCUAGUGUAGUGUUGCAGGAAGUCCUGAGGAAAAAAGGACCAUUGUAGUAUUCAAAAUAUUUUGGUAUUGUUAAUACACCAUCAUAGAAAAACUUUAACCAUAAGAAUAAAGAUACUUUCUACUGUUUCCCCCCCACAGCUUGAAUCUGAGGAAUAAGCUGUUUGAGAAACAGCAUGAUAUUCUAUCCCUUUCUUCCCAGCCAUGAAACUUGGGUUUAUUCUCUUGCACAUGUUAAAGACUUUCAACCUACAGGAAGCAGCCAGGGAUUACUCCCAUCUCCCCUUAAGGGGCUUGGACCCUACCCUGCUCAUGCUGGGUGUAAACUCCCAUUCCAAGCCUUGCUCUUAACCCACCAAUCCUCUGACCUAACGACUGAUGCGGGCACAGGCCAGCCUGCUCCCCUCCCCCAUAAGACUGGGUUAGAAACUGCUACCCACAGACCCCAAGACAAUCCAAGUAGAAAUAGGUGCACAUGACCACUAGGCUCUAUUUUCUCUGAGGGUUGAGACUAAACAAACCACUCCAUUAAGUACAUAUCCUAUUAAAAGGAAAAUGAGCAAACAAGUCUUUUUAUGUACCAAUAUAAAAUCCAAAAAGCUAUUUAAUAGAACCCUUUCCUCCCAAAGACUGUAUUAAGGUGCUUGAAGUAUAUUUUUUAUAUAAAACCUCUGAAGUUUGAUAAGUCUGCAACCUACUUUUUACACAGCAAUUUCCAUCAUGUUAAAAUAUGCUGUUAACUUUGAGACCCAUCAUGAAUGUAAAAGGUGUCAUAAAGCCACUUCAAUAGGUCAGUCAACCAUUAGAUACAUACAAGAACUGUAUUCCACAAGCAGCCACUGGGCCAUCAUCAUGCAUUGUAAUUUUCACUGAGUUAUAUUUUUUGGAUUUUAUGUUUUAAAAUAUUUAUAAAUAAAGUCAUCUUCCAGAGUAGUGUCUAUUUAAAGUAGGCCACUGGAAGCUGUAAUCCCA